ACAGAAACAAUACAUCCACCGCUAGGAAUGAUAAGACCUAAGCCAAGACUUCAUCUCAUCAAAAGGAAGGAGGAAUACGACCUCAUUCUAAAGGAGUCUGGCAAAUUGAUUGUUGUGUAUUUCUUUGCUACUUGGUGUGGCCCUUGCAAAAAGAUUGCUCCCUAUAUAGAGCAACUCUUAUCCCUGUAUGAAAAUUUGGUAUUUGCAAAGAUUAACAUAGAAGACAACUUAGAACUGGCUGAGAGUGAAAACGUAGCAGCUUUACCCACUUUCCACUUCUACAAGGAUGGUGUCAAACUGCGGGAGAUGGUUGGGGCAAAUAACGAACACCUAAAGGAGUUGAUAGAGAGUUUCAUUUAGCUCAAAGGACACCUAAAAGAGGUGAUAGAGAGUUUCAUUUAGCUCAAAGGACACCUAAAAGAGGUGAUAGCGAGUUUCAUUUAGCUCAAAGGACACCUAAAAGAGGUGAUAGAGAGUUUCGUUUAACUCAAAGGACACAUAAGGG